AUGUAUCCGAACCAAGCCUUUUCGUCGGGAUCUUACGCCGAAAUGAUGUCUGCAAAUACUUUGUUACCUCAUAACUAUAAUGAAUCUGUAGGAGGACAAAAUGAGUUGAAGUUUAUCUCAUCUAUCGGCGACACAAUGACUAUGCAGCCUAUCGAUCAUUCGACGAGCGAUCCAUCGCGCAACUCGUAUGCUAGUGCUGAAGAUUCUCAUGUUAUUUCAAGGACACAAUUUGGACUUGUUGAGAGUGACCAAAAUGUACAAUGUCAAGGUUUGUCUCUUAGUCUUGGGACAAUGAUGCCUUCUAUUGCUUCUGUACCCGCCUUUCAAUAUCAGUAUCCCGGCAACGGUUUCUCUGCGCUGUUGAGUGCUCAGAUUCCAAAUUUAAAGGGUUCUUCAUCUCUUAAAGAUGAUGAGGCUGAGUGCAUGGCAUCUUUGUCGUCUGGAGGAUUUCACAACACUGUCAAAAGGGAGGGUUUGUAUACAAUAGGCCUUAAUGAAGGCCAAUCUGAUCCGUGCCUUCAUGGAUCAUCAAGUAUUCCGAACAAUGUGCUUAACUCUCAUUACGUUAAGGCGGCUCAGGAAUUGCUUGAUGAAAUAGUUAAUGUCCGAAAAGCGUUGAAACAAUCUGGAUUUGAAAAACAACAAAGUUUGCGUGACACUGGUUUGGACGGUUCCAAAGAUUCUGAUGGAAAAUCGACCAGUCAAUCUAUGCAAAUAUCUUCCGGCCCUAAUGGUUCUAAUGCAAAUAACUCUUCAUCCGAGCUAUCACCUGCGGAACGACAGCUUUUGUUGGACAAGAAAACAAAACUUUUGUCCAUGUUGGAUGAGGUAGACAAAAGAUACCGACAAUAUUGCCAUCAGAUGCAAAUUGUGGUGUCAUCAUUUGACAUGGUUGCUGGAUGUGGAGCAGCUGAACCAUACACUGCUCUUGCUUUGCGAACAAUUUCUCGUCACUUUCGCUGUUUGCGCGAUGCUAUCAGCGGCCAAAUUCAAGCUACUCAAAGAAGCCUUGGAGAACAAGAGGGAAUACCCCGUCUCCGCUAUGUCGAUCAACAACUUAGACAACAAAAAGCCCUUCAGCAGCUUGGUGUAAUGAGACAAGCUUGGAGGCCUCAAAGGGGACUUCCUGAAAGCUCUGUUUCCAUACUCCGUGCAUGGCUCUUCGAGCAUUUCCUUCAUCCUUAUCCAAAGGAUUCAGAGAAAAUUAUGUUGGCAAGACAAACAGGCUUAACAAGAAACCAGGUGGCAAAUUGGUUCAUCAAUGCGAGGGUGCGUCUUUGGAAACCAAUGGUCGAAGAAAUGUACAAAGAAGAGUUCGGUGAUUCUGAAUCAAGCAGCAACCUCUUAUCAGAAAACACGCCAAAAGCUCCAAGAGACGAUGUUCAAGUGUCGGAUAAUAAAAGGGAAGAGUCGCAGGACAAGUUAGUAACUGUUGAUGGUGUUCAAAGUAGUGAUCAUUGGACAAAUGUCAUGGACUCUAGAAUUGAGAAAAUGCAGGGUGACCAAAGGUUUAACAUGAACAAUAGUCCUUAUUCAAAUGCACCUAUCUCAAUCAACCAAAAUGCUGAUAACUGCAUAAUGGAUUCUACUCCUACCACUUAUGAUGAUUUAUCAGAGUUGGGAAAUUUUGCUGUUGGUGGCCAUGUCUCACUUGCAUUGGAGUUGAGGAACUCCGAAAGUGAUGGAUUUGGUGUGUCCAACGACGACGCCAAUAAAAGACGCAACCAAGCAUUGGCUUCUUCCCCGGAUACUGAUUUGCUAGAUUAUCAUUUCGCAGACACAGGAAAGCAACAACACAAGUUCGGCAACACUCAUUUAUUACAUGAGUUUGUUGUCUGAAUCGAAAGAUUCGUGUGUUUGGAAAGCAUCUCAAAAGCUACAAAUACUAACUUCACGCUAAUAAGGCGUCCUGGUAUAUCUAUAUCUACUGCAUUUCCAAACACAUUGAAAGUUUUUUUUGGAAAUCUUUAAUGUUUUUUUAAGGGAACUAUGGAAAAUGUGUACCUCAAAAAGAAGUAGAAACUAUAUAGAAAGGGAAAUGCUAUGGUAUUAGUUCUCAUUAUUGUUGUUCAAAGUGAAUGAUCAUAAAGCUAUGUAAUGUAAAGCAUGAACCGUACAAAAAUAUACACGUAGGUAUGUGUAGAUAGUGUGUAUUGUAAUAUUGUGGGGUGAUUGGUUGUAUGUAUGUACAAGCAAUUUUGUAAGGACAAGGAAUAUAUAUCUAAUCCAUCAUCAUCAUGAAUAAGGAAGGAAUCUUUGUGAGAAAACGUAUCAAUGUAGUACGAUGUGAAUGCAUUGACUCUUGUGUUAA